AUGACGAUAGAAUGCUAGUUAAGGAAGCCGUUUUCAAAAGGGUAUCUGACUAGCAGGUUCAACCGACAGUUCCAUUCAAGAAAGCUGGCCCAACUACCCGGAAAAGUUGCUGAUGCCAUAAAUGAAAGGAAAGCAUGACGCUGUCUCUUAGAAAAGUAACUAGUUUUCAAACACAAGAAAAGAAGAAAAAAUCUGUAGUGAGUCAAGAUGUCUGAGAAUGGGAUUGGAGAAUCCUUGUUGAAGAAGAACAAGUACCAUGAGGAUUGCCCAGGUUGCAAGAUUGAACAUUUCAAAGAGACAAACACUGGUGUCCCUUUUAAACAUUUGCUCUAUGUCGGGAUUGUUGUCCUUUGUGCAGCUUUGCCUAUAUCGUCUCUCUUUCCUUUCCUAUAUUUCAUGAUAAGGGACUUCCACAUUGCAAAAAGAGAGGAGGACAUUGGCUACUACGCUGGUUAUGUGGGAUCUGCUUUUAUGUUUGGAAGAGCUUUAACUUCUGUGCUGUGGGGAAUGAUUGCCGAUCGAUAUGGUCGAAAACCGGUUAUAAUGUUUGGCACAAUAUCAGUGGUUAUUUUCAAUACCCUUUUCGGCUUUAGUACAAACUUUUGGAUGGCAGUUUCUACCAGGUUUCUUCUCGGAAGUUUGUGUGGUAUUCUUGGUCCAAUGAGGGCAUAUGCUUCAGAAGUUUGCCGUAAAGAAUAUCAAGCUCUGGGAAUGUCAAUUAUCAGCACAUCAUGGGGUAUUGGAUUAGUUAUUGGCCCUGCUCUUGGAGGAUUUCUUGCUCAGCCCGCAGAGAAAUAUCCUAACAUAUUUUCUACCGAUUCUCUUUUCGGAAGGUUUCCAUACCUCUUACCUUGCCUUUUGAUAUCAAUCUUUUCUGUAGGAGUAAUUGCCGUUUGUUGCUUGCUUCCGGAGACACUGCACAGUCAUGUAGGAAAUGGCGAAGAGUGCAAUGAUUCUGUAGCGCUUGGGGCUGCCGCAUUCGAGUCUAACUCUCCUCGGAAAAGCCUACUGAAAAAUUGGCCCUUGAUAUCAUCUAUUAUUGUGUACUGUGUGUUCCAACUUCAUGAUAUGGCCUAUGCAGAGAUUUUCUCAUUAUGGGCUGUUAGUCCUAGGAAGAAUGGAGGAUUGAGCUUUUCCACUGCAGAUGUUGGUGAAGUUCUUGCAUUUUCAGGCCUUGGACUGCUACUCUUUCAGCUAUUUAUAUACCCACUGGUUGAGAGAAAUUUUGGACCUGUCAUGGUAUCUCGCAUAGGAGCAGUCUUGACCAUUCCAUUGCUAUCUAGUUACCCUUUUCUAGCUAUGCUGAAAGGCCUUGCCCUCAUGCUGCUGAUCAACUGCGCUUCCAUCCUGAAGAACGUACUCGCUGUAUCAAUCACAACAGGAUUGUUCCUUCUGCAAAAUAGAUCAGUGACACAACAACAAAGAGGUGCUGCAAAUGGAAUUUCGAUGUCUGCCAUGUCCCUUUUCAAAGCAAUUGGUCCAGCUGCUGGGGGUUCUCUCUUCUCUUGGGCACAAAAGCGUCAGGAUGCUUUCUUUUUUCCAGGUGAUCAAAUGAUCUUCUUCCUCCUUAACAUGAUCGAGGUCAUAGGACUGCUCUUGACCUUCAAACCAUUUCUAGCCCUUCCUGAUGACAACAUUUCCUAGUUCAAUUUCAAAGGUUCACAUCAACCAACAGAGGCUCAAAAACCAUGAAGAUUGAUUCCAAAUUCUUUCCCAUAGCUAGCCCAAUUCUUCAACUUCAGCCGACCCUCGAGUGUAUCACCUAGUGUAGGAUUUUUGUACCGUUCCCACCUGUAAUCAACCUUAAAACCACAGAAGAGGUGCCUUCAUGCAUAUUUUCUUCUAGGAUCAAGGAUUGGUAACUUGCAUCUCUAGCAGCCUUUGUAUUGAUCGAAUUUGUCUGCAUGAGAUGGAUUGUAUAUUUAUUAUUUCCCCGUCUCUUCUAUCUCGAGACAGUAAACAAAUGUCAUCAUAACUCUUAUGAUAUCAACAGGUAGUAACUUCUUUAUGCAGAUAUAUGACAUCUGCUCUA